CAGAGGAACAGCACGUUGUCGGGGGCAGGGCGCCCCCUUCCCUGUCUACAGUGAAGCAUAAACGCAAAUACACCGUGAUCGAGCAGACCGACUGCAUUAGGCGCCAGGAAGCGGCGAAAAUACGACGAGGCACAGAGAAACCGCCCCCCUUUCCAAAUUCAGUUAGCCUGAGAGGAGAAUGCGGAGUCGCAGUAACUCAGGAGUAAGGCUGGAUGGAUACGCCCGGCUUGUCCAGCAGACAAUACUACAUCAUCAGAACCCAGUGACGGGUCUGCUGCCGGCCAGCGAGCAGAAGAAGGACGCCUGGGUUCGGGAUAAUGUGUACAGCAUUCUCUCCGUGUGGGGUCUGGGGAUGGCCUACCGGAAGAAUGCAGACCGUGAUGAGGACAAGGCUAAGGCCUAUGAGCUGGAGCAGAGUGUUGUCAAGUUGAUGCAGGGUUUGCUGCAGUGCAUGAUGCGACAGGUAGAGAAGGUGGAGCGGUUCAAACGCACUCAGAGCACCAAGGAUUGCCUGCAUGCCAAGUACCACACCCCCACCUGCAGCACCGUGGUGGGGGACGACCAGUGGGGGCACCUGCAGGUGGACGCGACGUCACUCUACCUGCUUUUUCUGGCUGAAAUGACCGCCUCAGGUCUGCGCAUCGUAUCAACCUUGGAUGAAGUGGCCUUCAUACAGAACCUCGUAUUCUACAUUGAGGCAGCUUACAAAGUUGCAGAUUAUGGGAUGUGGGAGCGAGGGGACAAGACCAACCAGGGGAUCCCAGAACUGAAUGGAAGUUCUGUGGGAAUGGCUAAGGCUGCGUUGGAGGCCAUCGAUGAGCUGGACCUCUUUGGGGCUCAUGGGGGACCAAAAUCUGUCAUUCACGUUCUGCCUGAUGAAGUGGAGCAUUGUCAGUCCAUUCUGUGCUCAAUGCUUCCAAGAGCUUCCACAUCCAGGGAGAUUGACUCCGGUCUCCUAUCGGUCAUCUCUUUCCCGGCGUUCGCUGUCGAGGACCCCGACCUGGUCAGCAUCACCAAAAGCGAGAUCAUCAACAAGCUCCAGGGACGAUAUGGCUGCUGCCGGUUCCUCAGAGAUGGAUACAGAACCCCGAAAGAGGACCCGUCACGCCUCCAUUACGACCCGGCGGAACUGAAGCUCUUCGAAAACAUCGAGUGCGAGUGGCCCAUCUUCUGGAGCUAUCUCCUGCUGGACGGCAUUUUCAACGGGGACCAAGAGCAGGUGCAGGAAUAUCGAGAGGCUUUAGACGGAAUUCUGAUCCGAGGAAAAGACGGAAUUCGGCUGAUGCCGGAGCUCUACGCCGUUCCAGCUGACAAGGUGGAGGAGGAGUAUCAGAACCCGCAUACAGUGGACCGGGUGCCCAUGGGAGAGCUACCCCACAUGUGGGGCCAGUCCCUCUACAUUCUGGGCAGCUUACUGGCAGAGGGAUUCCUGGCGCCAGGGGAGAUCGACCCCCUGAAUAGGAGGUUUGCCACUCGGUACAAACCGGACGUGGUUGUGCAAGUGUGCGUGCUGGCAGAGUCCCUGCACAUCCAGGAGUUGCUCCGGGACAGCGGCAUGGACGUGCAGAUGAUUUCAGAGGUGCUGCCCAUCCACGUCAUCCCGGCCCGAAUACUCAGCCACAUAUACGUCAAGCUGGGCCACUGUCAGAAGCUGAACCUGAGCGGCCGGCCGUACCGCCACAUCGGAGUCCUGGGAACCUCGAAAUUCUAUGAGAUCAGAAACCGCACCUACACUUUCACACCACAGUUCAUCGACCAGCACCACUUCUACCUGGCCCUGGAUAACCAGAUGAUUGUGGACAUGCUGCGGACAGAACUGGCCUACCUCUCUUCCUGCUGGAGGAUGACUGGGCGGCCCACGCUCACCUUCCCCAUCACCCAGAGCAUGCUGGUGGAUGACGGUGAAGCCAUUGACCCCUGCAUACUGGCUACUCUGCAGAAGCUGCAGGAUGGGUACUUCGGAGGGGCCAGGGUGCAGACGGCCCAGCUCUCCAGCUUCCUCACCACCUCCUUCCACACACAGCUCAGCUUCCUGGAUGCAGAUCAGGAUUUGCAGGACGAAGAGGAAGAGGAGGAUGACGAAGAGGAGUUUGAUGGUGGUUACGAAUGCAGCUCUACCCCAGGUGACCCAAAGGACAUGUUUGACCAGUACAUCACCCAGCUGCUGCAAAGAACGGCUCCUCGGUGCUAUCUCCCUCCCAUCCAGAGGGGGCAGCAACACAUCUUUAGUGCAGAGCACACCACCCGUGACAUCCUGUCUCUCGUGGCCGAGGCACAAGGUGUCAAGAUGCCCCAGGCAUCCAUGUGCCUACCAGUCACUCCUACGGUGAACAAGAUUCGCAAGUCUCUGAACCUCCUGGAGGUGCCUCACCCACACCAUCACCAUCACACUCCACAUGCAGUCAAGACCCAUAGCGUUGACCUGCACCUGCCCCAUGACACCCAUGGGAACACAGAUUUUGCAUCCCUGGUGGCACAGUUGAAAGAGUGUCCCACUCACCAGGACCAGGCCGACAUCCUUUAUAUCCUCUAUGUUAUGAAGGGAGCUGAUUGGCUGGUGGACCUAGGGCCGGCGUCUGUCACGGUCCGCUGCCUCCUUGAGGAGCUCUACAGCAAGGCGGGCACGUACAAGGAGUGGGGGCUGAUCCGCUAUAUCUCCGGCAUGCUGCACAAGAGGGUGGAGGUGCUGGCGGAGGCCUGCACGGACCUAAUUUCCCACCACAAGCAGCUGACAGUCGGUCUGCCACCUGAACCCAGGGAGAAAGUCAUCACCGUCCCACUGCCCCCAGAUCAGCUCACCUCCCUGAUUUAUGAGGCCAGUGGGCAGGACAUCAGCGUUGCGGUCCUCACUCAGGAGAUCAUGGUUUACCUGGCCAUGUUCAUGAGAUCACAGCCAGCACUAUUCGGGGAUAUGCUGCGCCUAAGAAUCGGCCUCAUCAUGCAGGUGAUGGCCACUGAACUGGCCCGCAGCCUCAACUGUUCUGGUGAGGAGGCCUCAGAGAGCUUGAUGAACCUGAGCCCGUCGGACAUGAAGAACCUGCUGCACCACAUCCUCAGCGGCAAGGAGUUCGGGGUGGAGAGGAGCAUACGCCACACCGAGGUGGGAGCCAUCAGCCCCGGCAUCUCCAUCCGCGAGCUGGGCCACACCGGGGCUACCAAGACCGAGCGCACUGGCAUCAGCAAGCUGAAGACCGAGAUGAGACAGCUGGAUGAUUCCCGGCCAGUGAGCAUCUUUAGCAGUGGCUAUUCCAUCAGCAGCACCGUUACCUCACCUCGCUCCACGCGUUGUAGCAGCCCUACCUCCACGCCGAGUGGCGCUCAGUCCCCCACGGGCCCCGGGGCCCCGUCCUUGCUGCUGGAGGAGCGUCAGGGUCAGUGGUUACGCCGGCGGAGACUGGAUGGAGCCAUAAACCGCGUUCCCAUGGGCUUCUACCAGAAGGUGUGGAAGAUCCUGCAGAAGUGCCACGGCCUGUCCAUUGACGGCUACGUGUUGCCGUCCAGCACAACCCGCGAGAUGACCGAGGGCGAGAUCAAGUUCGCCGUCCACGUGGAGUCCGUGCUGAACCGCACACCCCAGCCCGAGUACCGGCAGCUGUUGGUGGAGACUAUCAUGGUUAUCGCACUCGUGGCCGAUGUGGAGGUUCAGAGCAUCGGCGCCAUCAUCCAUGUCGACCGCAUCGUCCAUGCGGCCAACGAGCUCUUCCGCCAAGACCAGAAAUCCCUUGGAGCCAAUGAGUACUUCCUGGAGCAGGACCCUUCCACGGGCAUCUGUAACCUGUUCUAUGACAGCGCCCCCAGUGGCCGCUGCGGCACCAUGACAUAUCUCACCAAAGCUGCGGUCACCUACAUGCAGGACUUUCUGCCCAACACCAGCUGCCUGAUGCAGUGAUGUGGCAGUAUUGUUCACACAAGGACAGGUCUGAAUGUUCCAGGAUCGUCCACAUUCAGGCAGGUCUGUCCGUAUCGGGAUUUUCUGUAUAGGGGUGAUUUUGUCUGUGGCAUGAUAUAGAUCUGCCUGUACUAGGGGAGACUGGAGUUUGAAAGCGGCGUAACUCAAAUCACUAAUGAACAAGGCAUUGUUUUCCUAAACACCACAUUCACUUUUCAGUUAUGCUAUUUAAAAUAGAAUUUUAAAAUAUAUUUAAUCUUUCCCUUUAAAGACUAAUGCUUACUUUAAUUAUAUAUUAUUUUGUUUUAACAGUUUUAAAUCAUGCUGUGAAUAUCGUAAUAUGUACAUGUAUGUCGAAUUUGCUGUAAUGCUGUUGUGUGUCCACUGCGCAUCCAAACUGACAGGGGGAGCUCUGCUUCGCUGCUUCUUUUUUUACCUCAGGUGGAGCUGUUAUGUACAUACACUGGGUACAGUGUUUCUUGUGGGCCACACUUGCAUACAGGGAUUUUUUUUCUUCAAAUUUGAACAGCACUGCUUUCUGCCAAAACGCAGUCAUGGUUCUGGUAUGGUUGGGUUUAAAGAGCACUGCGUGAUCUGCCAGUGACCGAUGGCCGAAUCGGAAUAGCCUCCAGGUCACACUCCUGGCUCCGGAGUCGCCGGGUUCAGGCUGAUGCCUCUAUGCUAUGUGACUCCACUAAACAGGAAUUUGUGCUUCCUAUUUAUCAAUGAAGGAUAUGUUGGUGCUUUUAAAAGGUCAGAGUAUAUGGCAUAAAGGUCCAAGAAUAUCAAGGACCACAUUAAGGAUUAAUUUGGGGAGGAAAUGCGGUUGAACUAUAUAUUUAUUCUAUUAUUUAAACAGAUAUUUAAGUUGUAUGAGCAUACCUACGUUGCACAUUUUAAUAGUAUUGAUUUGCAAGCAAUCUGAGUUGGAUACUAACCCUUAAAACACCAUCAGCUAAUGCAGACAACUGCGAAGCAGUGAUGUCAUAGAAAAUAGAUUUUAUAAGGCAGCCAGUGUUACAGGAAUCUGUAAAACUCAAGUUUACCUCUUGCUUACUGCAUUUUUACCAAUGCAACACUGUUCUUGGGAUGGACCACUUAUCUUCCAAUGGGAACUAUUUGUCGAUAUUGAAAAUUAUCACCCUGUGGAAUAUAUUUACAACCAGCCUAACACACCAUUGUCCAAUUGUUUCAAAUGCGAGUAUAAAAUUAGUAUUAGCCUUGUGUUCUGGGCAUUGACUGACUUGUUUGUCUGCUGUCCUGCUAAUAAAAGAGUUUUAUUUCUG